AGCGGGCGCGGCGGGGCCGCCGGUGCCGGUGGCGGCGGUGCCGCCAUGGAGUUCCCGGACCUGGGCGCGCACUGCUCCUGGCCCGCCUGCCAGCGCCUGGACUUCCUUCCCCUGAAGUGUGAUGCCUGCGAGCAGAUCUUCUGCACUGACCACAUCGCUUAUGCCCAGCACGAUUGCACCUCUGUCUACAAGAAGGAUGUGCAGGUCCCAGUAUGUCCUCUCUGCAACACCCCAGUCCCUGUGAGGCGGGGGGAAAUGCCUGAUGUUGUGGUGGGUGAACACAUUGACCGCGACUGCAAGUCUGACCCUGCACAACGCAAACGCAAGAUUUUCACCAACAAGUGUUUGAAGCCUGGCUGCAAGCAGAAGGAGAUGAUGAAGGUGAUCUGUGACCAGUGCCACAAGAACUACUGCCUGAAGCACCGGCACCCCCUGGACCAUGACUGCAGUGGUGCAGGGCAUCCCCUUUCCAAAGCAGGGCAUGCUGCAGUUAGCAGAGCCCAGGCAUCCUCCUCCAAAACACUCACCACAUCAAGCAGUGGAGCUGCCCGGCCAGCAGAGAGCUCCUCUUCUCCAGCCUGUGCCAGAGGAGGCAGAGCAGCUGUGUCACAGACUCGCAGCACCUCCCCUCCAGCUGUCAUGCUGCAGAAUGGGCUGAGCGAGGAAGAGGCACUGCAGCGAGCUCUGGAGAUGUCUCUGGCAGAGUCGGCACGCAGCUCAGCACAGCCACCCAGCAGCACACAGGAGGAGGAGGAUUUGGCACUGGCCCAGGCACUGUCAGCGAGUGAAGCCGAGUACCAGCAGUCGCAGCGGCAGGCACACGGUUCAAAGCCAUCAAACUGCAGCAUGUCAUAGGCAGGUGAGGCGGGGUGUGCCAGCGGACAUAGGAUCCUGCUUGUGACCCAAGGAGCGGCUCUGGCCUCCCACAUGGAUGCCGUGGGGCUCUGGCCUGGACAUUGGUACCAAGAGCCCCUUGCCAAGGACAGCUCAUCUCCUUGGGAGCUGUAAGCCACCAAAUAUACACUGACACUUCAGCCCUAGUACUUAUAUAAAAUUAGUGCAGCAAAUUGCUGAUGCUCCUGGGGACGUUAAGACUGGACAGGACAGGGCUGAGUACACACUGACCAAAGCAAGCAGCAGCCCAGGGUCUGCACUUACCCACGGUUGCCACAGCCACGUCCCAACACUGCUGGGACUGUGGGGCGAGGGCAGGGCUUUGUGGGGACAUCUCUGCAUGCUCAGACAUACAGCUGGGAUGUAGCUGCCUUCUGUAGUGGGGGGCUGGAUUCCAUGCUCUGGGGAGCACCAUGCCAGCCCCUCAGCAAAGAGCAAAUGUGGCUGGCAUGGUCUCUUGCAUGGGCAUGGCACAGCUGAAUGUGCAGGCUACCAUCAGCGUGAAGGCAGCCCCUUCCCCACUCCCCACACCCUCGGUGCCUCCCUGCUGUUUGCAUGCACAAGAGCAUGUUGGGCCUUACCCUGUUCAGCUGAGGCACAAGACCUCUCCGAGACUGAAUGGAGCUGCAUUUCCUUUCUGAUUUAAUAUAAUAAGUAACUUCGGCAGUGACUUGAAUGCCAGCGUCGCUCACAUGGGAUGGUUGCAGCUGCCUUCCUGCUGUUGGCUGCUCUUUGCUGCCCUAAAUUUAAAGGGGGCCCUGUUUAAAUGCUGCUUGUUCCAGUUGUGUUGCUGGGGAUCCCCUCCUGCAUAGCAAUAGCACAAAGCCCCUCCUUACAAACAAAGCCCUGAGCCUAGAGCCUGCUUGGGUGGAAGGGAUUUGUCCUGCUGGCUUCUUGCAGGGGGUCUGCAGCUAUACAGGACUAGGCUGUCCUCUGAGCAGCUGACAGAGUGGGGUUUAGGCUGGGUCUGGAGAAUGCUGAGACUUGUCAAAGUGCUGCUUGGGAGAAAAUAAAAGCAUAGCACAAGGUACAGAGGUACCUGAGGGAGCAGUC